CCCAGGAGGCCCCGCGGCGGCUGAAGGUGAGCCGGCCGUCAUGGCGUUCUCAGCGCCGGCGGCCUACCUGACCCACCAGCAGAAGGUAUUACGGCUUUACAAGCGGUCGCUGCGCCACCUGGAGUCCUGGUGCAUCCACAGGGACAAGUACCGGUACUUUGCUUGCUUGUUGCGAGCCCGCUUUGACAAACAUAAGAAUGAAAAGGACAUGGUGCGAGCCACCCAGCUGCUGCGGGCGGGGGAGGAAGAGUUCUGGCACAAGCAGCACCCGCAGCCCUACAUCUUCCCCGACUCCCCCGGGGGCACCUCCUACGAGCGCUACGAGUGUUACAAGGUUCCUGAUUGGUGCUUAGAUACCUGGCAUCCUUCUGAGAAGGCAAUGUAUCCUGACUACUUUGCCAAGAGAGAGCAGUGGAAGAAACUGCGAAAGGAGAGCUGGGAACGCGAGGUUAAGCAACUGCAAGAGGAAACCCCACCUGGUGGUCCCAAAACUGAAGCUUUGCCCCCUGCCCGAAAGGAGGGUGACUUGCCCCCACUGUGGUGGCAUAUUGUGACCAGGCCCCGGGAGCGGCCCACGUAGAGGAAGGGAGGAGGCCCUCAGCCGUCGUGCUGGCAAGUGAAGAGUCAGAGUGCAUAUACACACUUGCCCUAAUAAAACCUCAACAGUC